AUGCCGCCUUUCGGCUUGAUUUCCAGUGCAGCUGCGGCCCAGACUUGCUUGCCUACCAGGUCUGGAAUCAGAUCCAUGGAGGCCGAGGUCAGAAGGCCGCCCAACGUGCAAAUGAGUCGUGACGACAACAACUUAGAGGAGGGCGUGAUCCCCAACCGAACCAGCCCUGCCGCAGCUAGACCAGGCUCAUCUCCUGCAUCGCGAUCUGCCUGCCGAUGGAUCCUUGCAUUCAUCUGCAUGUACGACAGCCCGGAACGGCUACAGGUGCACUACCCGCCGCGCUUCAAAGUCUUGUUGACUGUAGUUGUAAUCAUGGCCGCUGCGUGGGUCACAAACUUCUUCAUCAGCGUGCAUCCAUUGCUGGAGGAGAACGAUGAUCCACCGGAGUGCAAGUACGCGCUGAAUCAGCUCAAGUACAACGCACGUGUCCUAUUCGUCUAUUUCGUUUGGUUCAGCAUCGCGCGGGCAUCGCUGUUUGUGCCGUGCGUGCUGGCACGAGUAGCCACUGUUCAAUCGCGGACUCACGGGUUCUGCCGCACGUACUGCGUGCACCUUCUCAUACGAGAUGGCCCAAUCUACAUCUUCGUGGUUGGUUCGGUGCUGUUCUGGUUCAAUAUUCUGCGCUCACCUAGCUGCGAAGACAGGAGUCCAGAGCUGUAUUCCAGACUGAAGAUGUACGCGGUUUGUUCCUGUCUGUUAGCUUUCGCUUGCAUCGUCGAAGUCUAUUGGCACAACAAGCUGAUUACGAACACCCUGGAGUUCUACUCUGCUUGGGUGCCAGAGGUUUCGCGCCGGGCACCUCCGGACACAUUGGAGAAGCUCGAGACCCGAAGGUACGAGGAGCAUGCUUUUGGAGACGAGGAGGGCAAGCAGUAUCCUUCGGAGUGUGCGAUCUGCUUGGGCAGCUGGGAAUCAGAAGAUGUGAUCAAGGUGACUCCUUGUGGACAUGCUUUUCACCAGGAGUGCAUUGGUGGUUGGCUGCAGUCCGCGCGGACUUGCGCACUUUGCCGGAAGGACCUUGUGGUGCUGACUGCGGAAGGCGGGCACAGGCAGCCAGAGAUAUUGGGGAACAGCCCGGACUUGGUGAAGCCCUCGGGUGCAGAGGGAAGACAAGAAGAAGAGGCUGGAGUUGAUAUCAACAAGUAUCCUGUGCCCACACAGGCAAUGAACCAAGGCAUGAAGUACACCUUGGUGACCGAAGCUGGUGAACAGAAGACUUCCAUUGGAUUCACAGGCAAGGCCACAGCGAACUACGCCAAUGGAGACAUUUACGAGGGCUUGUUCGAGAACGGCAUAAGACAUGGCCAAGGAACAUACACGUACUUGAAAGGAGACGUCUUUUCCGGGACCUUCGACAACAACCAGAAAACUGGUUUGGGCAGAAUCGUGUACAAGAAGGGUGGCUACUACCACGGGCACUUCAAAGGUGGCAAGCGCGAGGGUGAGGGCACCUUUCAGUAUGCAAACGGUGACAUUUUCUCCGGUUACUGGAAGGAUGGCAAGAAGCACGGAGCCGGAACGUAUGUGUUCAACAAAACCAAGUACGAGUACAAGGGCGAAUGGAAGGAUGGGCAGAUCACAACAGGAACCUGGACGCUCACCGAUGGCACGCAGUACCAGGGAACCUUCCAGAGCCAGAAGCCUUGCGGCGAUGCAACUUGGAAAACUCGUCAAGGUACCGUCGUGGAAGGAUCUUAUGUGCAGCAGGUGGUGCCAUUGGACUCAGCACCACCGGCCAAGCCUGGCGAACCUCCGGCCGUCGUCACACGGUGCUUCUGGACAACUGCAGCCUUGGUGGCUGCAGAGAGCUGA